ACAUCAUACUAACAGUUAAAAGGUGAACAACCCCUUUAAAGUACAGCUUUGAUCUGUCACCCAUGUGGUGAUGCUUGGCCCUUGUAUAGAUUAUUUAGGGCCCCUAGGUUGAUUUUUUUGUUGGGCUCUUGGCUACUAGCAAAAGCAGCAGGUUAUUUGGAGCAACAGACUGAAUAUAUCAUGACACUUCCUUGUUCCUUAUCUAGUAUUGUCUGUAUGUAUGUCACUGCCAUCUGGACUAACUGCCGCCUAUGUGUACACUGUAUGUAUAUAUGUACUGUAUGUACCUGUAUAUGGACCCUGUCUGCCAAUACAAGGAAGUUCAGCUCCAGUAUUGAAAAGGUAAUAUUCCAAAUGGUUGAUAGGUUCAGUAACCUGGCAACCAGAAAGCAGUUUAAUACUUUUGCACAUCUUUGUAUCCUUGUGUUCACACUCCAUUGUAGCACAGGUGCAAAUGCCUGGAUACGGCACAGUGAGACCCCCUAUGUUACUACAGCACCGGUGAACAAGGGACACUAUCUCUGUUAGUAUUUUUCUCCCUUCUUUUUUAGUGAAUCACAUUUCAGUUUAUGUGAAGAAAGAGCAGGAAACCUGAGGCUGGAGAGCUGGUUAGGUGCAAUCUAGAACCCAGCUGAACCCUUGGCCUUGCCCAGCUCUGCACUCUACAGCCGAUUCCUUGGCCUUGCCCAGCUCUGCAUUCUACAGCCGAACCCUUGGCCUUACCCGGCUCUGCACUCUACAGCCGAACCCUUGGCCUUGCCCGGCUCUGCACUCUACAGCCGAACCCUUGGCCUUGCCCGGCUCUGCACUCUACAGCCGAACCCUUGGCCUUGCCCGGCUCUGCACUCUACAGCCGAUUCCUUGGCCUUGCCCAGCUCUGCACACUACAGCCGAUUCCUUAGCCUUGCCCAGCUCUGCACUCUACAGCCGAUUCCUUGGCCUUCCCAGCUCUGCACUCUACAGCCGAUUCCUUGGCCUUGCCCAGCUCUGCACUCUACAGCCGAUUCCUUGGCCUUCCCAGCUCUGCACUCUACAGCCGAUUCCUUGGCCUUGCCCAGCUCUGCACUCUACAGCCGAACCCUUGGCCUUGCCCAGCUCUGCACUCUACAGAUGGUUCUUUGGCCUUGCCCAGCUCUGCACUCUACAGCCGAUUCCUUGGCCUUGCCCAGCUCUGCACUCUACAGCUGAACCCUUGGCCUUGCCCUGCUCUGCACUCUACAGCAGAUUCCUUGGCCUUGCCCAGCUCUGCACUCUACAGAUGUUUCCUUGGCCUUGCCCAGCUUUGCACUCUACAGCCGUUUCUUUGGCCUUGCCCAGCUCUGCACUCUACAGCCGUUUCUUUGGCCUUGCCCAGCUCUGCACUCCACAGCCGAACCCUUGGCCUUGCCCAGCUCUGCAGUCUACAUCCAUGGGGCAGAUAUCAUUGUGUUCUUUUGGGUUUGUCUCAGACACAAGAGAAUGUAGUUCUAAGCAACUUCCCAGUGUGCAUUCAUUACAUUAUUUUCUGCACUGUUGGUUCUGACUCCUGAAAUAUUAUAGCAAAUUAAGACAUAUGCUUAGGCAGAAAGAAAACUGACACAUUGUUUCAAGAGUCAGACCUGCAGGAUAGAAAGCGACAGACAGAUCCUGUUGCAAUAACACUUGCAUUUACACAUAACUCCCAGUGAGAAUGAAUACAUAUUGGGAAGUUGCUUAGAAUUCGAUUCUCUUUGUUUAAUAUUAGUAUUUACAUCCGCUCUAACCGUUUCCUUUGUUUUUGAGAAGCUCUGCCCCGCUGCAUGCUCUCUGGGUUCUGCAGCACUAUUUCAUAGGCCCUGUUUUUUUGUUUUUUUUCUUUAGAAUUAGCACUUUUAGGUCUCAGUGACAUCACCUUUUUUUUCAAAUGUACUGAAACAGGAAGUUCGAUAUGAUCAACUACCCACUUCCUUAUAUGAGCAAAAGUAUAGUGCGUUCCGCCACAGCGAGGAUUCAACUGUCGGUUUCAAAAAUCUAUUUAAAUUGAAGAAGGAUAAUUAAUGUAAGCGCGGGGUUUGUUAAUAAUCCAACCAGCGAGCGAGCAGAUCAGGGGGAUCCGAAUUGGAGUUCAAUGUGACAAGGUUGUAACGGCCUUUAGAGUGAAGUACCAUGCACAGAGACAUAGAGCAGCGAGAAGGGGAACAGCAAAGAGUCGCAUCUAGAAUAUCCCAGCCAUCCUCUCCCCAAUCAGGCUGUCCAUCUCCCUCCAUCCCUGCGGGGAAAGUCAUCUCUCCAUCCCAGAAGCACAGCAAGAAGGCCCUCAAACAGGCUCUGAAGCAGCAACAGCAGAGGAAGAAGCAGCAGCAGAGGGUGGGUAUGCCAGUCCCUGCCAGCCAGCGCCUCCUGCUGACUACAGUGAAGACUGCAAGCAACGUGCCACCUGCUAAGCCCACCCCAACCCACACGUGGGAAGCAAAACAGACAGAAGUGCAAGCAAGUAGUGCCCCCAUCUCUGCUCCAUCCGGCACCUCUCUGGCAUCUCUCCAUGGACUGGGGAAGAAGCCACUGCCCAGAUCAGACAGGCUGCAAGCCAGACAUAUAAAAAGAACCAAAUGUGCAGAGAUCGACGUAGAGACUCCAGACUCCAUCUUGGUGAAUACCAACCUACGGGCGCUGAUAAACAAGCACACGUUCUCCCUCCUCCCCGGCGACUGUCAGCAACGGCUCCUCCUGCUUCUGCCUGAAGUGGACCGACCGACUGCUCCGGACGGCCUGAUGAAACUGAACAGUUCAGCCCUAAAUAAUGAGUUCUUUACCUCUGCAUCUCAGAGCUGGAAGGAGCGCCUCUCAGAAGGGGAAUUCACCCCAGAGAUGCAGCUUCGGAUUCGCCAGGAAAUUGAGAAAGAGAAGAAGGUGGAGUCAUGGAAGGAACGAUUCUAUGAGAGUUACUAUGGGGAGAACUCUGGGCUAAACCCAGACGAUUACAGAGAGCUGAUUGCAGAAACCAGUGAUAAUGUGACCAGAACCCACGUCUCCCCUCCAAAGGAACAGGGUAAGUCCGACCAGAGCCCCGAUCUCCAGCCGACUGAAGCCAAGCUUGAGACCACAACCCAGAAGCAAAUAAAUGAACGUGCCCCGAUAAAGAAAGAAAAUGAAGAAGUCAUGGUUCAUGUGAAGGCAGAAUUACCAACAGCUGGUGAUACAGUGCACCCCCCAGAUAUAACGGAUACCAAAGAGAAAGUCGCUACCAUUCCUGUGAAGGUGACAGAGGGCACUGCAGAGGUUAUAACCCCAGUUCCCAGCAAAGAGACUGUGCAAUUAAUAACCCCUAAGCCUGAGGAGAUGGACUCAGAGAGCCCACCAGCACCGAGCCCACUAAACAGCCCAGUCCCUAUACAAACUCCCAGUGCUCCUCCAGCCACCGCUGCGCUGUCUCAGGAUUCUGCAGAGGAGGGGUCUACGGAGAUGGCGGAGCUCGCGCUCGGCACAAGAGUCAAGAGGAAGUUGGAUGUAGGCGCCGGGGAUUCGGAUCCGUCUGGGAAAUUCAUACGAAUGUCGGAGCAGCAAGAAAUCCAGCGGCCAUUUCGUGACUUGUGCAGCCCCAGUACCAAAGGGACAGCGCAGGCGUCGGAACAAAAAGUGCCCCCACUUAAGAUCCCUGUCUCUUUGUUUUUCUCAAAGCCCUUUCCAAGCAACCGGGUCUCUUCCAGGCCCUAUUUUCCGAGCACCGGUACCAGUCCCAGUAGAACAGGAGCAAGGACCCUGGCAGACAUCAAAGCCAAAGCCCAGUUGGCUCGAGCCCAGAGAGCAGCAGCAGCAGCAGCAACAUCAGCCGGCCUCUCCGUUACUUCAUCAGUCCCAGGGCCAGGACCUGGAGGAGGAGGAGGAGGAGCUGGGCCUGGGACAGGAGCGAGGAAUCCAGCAGAUGGCGCCAGUGAAACAGGACACAGGGCUGGAGUACUGGACAUGGGACGUACUGGAAGCUGGAGAGGUGAGAGGGGAAAUCCAGCCCAUUCAUCAAGUAGCCAGAGUUCCAGGGAGACCCAGAACGCAGUGCAGGUAUCACCUGACAGUGCAGCAAGAGCACAGCUACUGCAAAAACCCAGUCUACAACCCAGAAACCCAAUAACAGGAGCCCGAACAUCUCCAGCCUCCAACCGCCUCUUACCAGCCCAAAGCUGUGCCAGCAUCCGAAUGCCCAAUCCGUUAUCUGCUAAUGCUGAUAGGCUGGUAGCAAUAUCUGGCAAUGCUGAUAGGCUGGUAGCAAUAUCUGGUAGUGCAGCCAUUGGGGUUGCAGACAUAGUUCCAUCAAGCACAACCUGUCCAUCACCACAGAAUGUAAAAAGCAACCGGUCCAAUGUUCCCAAUGAAGUCAGACCUAGAAUUUCUUCGGGGACUCAGACAAUCCCACCAAGGCCUGUCAUGUCUCAGCCAGUGAGCUUUAACCCUUCUGCCCCAGCCAAAGAUCAGGCACCCAGUCAGGCAGCAGCUCCAGUUGCAAGCACUCAGAGAGGACCUACAAAGACGGGAUCCAGCAUACCCGCCAAUAACCCUCUGGUAACCCAACUCCUGCAGGGCAAGAAUGUCCCCAUGGAGCAGAUACUGCCCAGACCCCUCAACAAGGUAGAAAUGAAGACUAUUCCUCUAGGUUCAGCUCAGACAGAGAGGGGAACUAACACUGCUGGAGUUCAUUUCCCUCCUGGCAGCAACAUGGUAAGUGGAGAGGAUUCAGUAAAACCCUCGCACAUGGCUGUUCAACAGCUGGAAAGGUUUCUUAUCCAAAAUCGCCAGCUGCCCUCCAGUCAAAGGAUCCUGCAGCUCUUCUCUGGAAGAGAUCUGAGCAAUAUUAGCAGCAGCCAAUCACAGAGCCAGGAAGCAGCCGGCAGUGCCGCCCAAGAGCAAUCUCUGCAAUCCCUGAUCAGAAAAAUUCAACAAGAGAAAUCAUUGGUCGGCCCCAAUCCAGCUGAACUGAGUGAGAACGUAUCCGCCAGCCAAAGACUUGGCUUUGUGGGCAGGCGAACGUCUAAACCCGCCAUGUCCGGGCACUACUUGCUAAACGUCGCUACGUAUGGACGGGUUCCCGAGAGCUUCAGACGGACACAGACUGUAAGUCCUGAGCGGGGCAUGAGCCUAAACGACCCUGAGAAGUGUCAAACCAUAGACGACGAAUCAGAGUCCGUUACAGAGAGCGAAGAGGAAGAAAGCAAAAGUGAGAUGAAUCCAGAGGAAUGUGAGGCUGCCCCCCAAUACUCCUCAGCCUCACUCAGGUCUGCAAAACCCGAGGGCCCCAUGUUUGAUCUGAAAGAAACUGUCCAGGCAUUAUCAAGGGGGGACAUUUAUAACGAGUCCAACAUAGCCAGAGACUUUAUCCAAGCGGCACAGGCCAAGAUGGUGAAUGUAUUGGGCAUAAAGCUGAAAGGUGAGGCUUCUGAGCUGUUCAAGUCCCACCAGGGCUCCCAGCCGCCCCAUUCUGAUCACAUGCACACGCCAAUUGGAUCCAGUUACGGAGGCACAAUCAAUAUCACCACUUCACCCGAGGGAAUGCACGGACCCUCCGUCCCUACAGGGGCCCACGUCGUUCCAGCUAACGCCGACAAUCUGGUCUCCUUCUCUGUAACUGUGACCACCAUCCCAUCAGGCCACAUUGUAAACUCAGGUGAUCACGACCAACCCGUGUCUGUCCAGGCCUUCACCGAUGAGCCCGGCGCGGACUCAGCUCCUUCCAAAUGCUACUGUCGAUUAAAAGCCAUGAUCAUUUGUAAAGGCUGCGGAGCCUUCUGCCAUGACGAUUGCAUUGGGCCCUCGAAGCUCUGCGUCUCCUGUCUGGUGGUGCGGUGAUCCAUGGUUCCAAUCUCAUUGGCUCUGCAGCGGAGAAGGAGGGUACUCUCAUCAAUCAGCAAUGUUGACAUGUUUGCACUUAUGAAAUCCUGUAUAUAAUAUAUAUAUAUGUGUGUGUGUGUGAGUGAGGGGUCAGAAUAUGCCUUUUUUAGAUUUUAAAGGAUAAGUAAACCUUUAAAACAAGUGAA